CGGAAACUUCAAAUCCAUAGCCUAUCAGUACCUCCAGAAGCUUCCUUCAUCGAACAACUAAUUCACCUACAACUGCGACAAUCACACCUUCAACUACCUCGUUCACGAUGGAUUCAGCCAUGUGUUAUUGGUGAUCUAAAUUGUAUGUUGGUGUGUUUGGCGAUUUGGUGACCUUGUAUUGUUACUGCUUGAGAUAGUAAAACGGUAGUCUCCUCGAACAUGUAAGUCUUUUUCUCUUACACCUCCAGCUCAAUCAGGUGAAUGAUUAAGCUCCGUUUGAUGCCUGCAAUUAAAAAAUAGGGGCGCUAACGUGCAAGAAGGGGAUGCGCUAACGUGCCUUUACUAAGAAACUAAGAAAAACAGAAGGCCUAUCUUGCUUUAGUUUUCAAUAAGUUCGCUAACGCGCCCUUCCUUUCGCCCUAUCUAUUCAUCUCUUUUUUCAAAUGGAUAUUUAGGAUACCAAAUCUUCGUGAAGUCAAAGGAUUUUUUACGACAGGUCUUGUAUUUGUGUGAAAAACCUGCCAAAGUAUGUUGCAGAGGAUCGCCUCAGAGAAUUCUUCUCGGAGAAAGGAGAGGUUACCGAUGCCAAGCUUAUGCGCACAAAGGAGGGGAAGAGCAGGCAAUUUGGGUUUGUGGGAUUUAGGACAGAACAUGAAGCCGAGGAAGCCAUAAAGUACUUCAACAGGACUUACAUGGACACUUUAAGAAUUACUUGUGAGGUUGCUCGUAAGGUUGGAGAUCCUGACAUUCCUCGCCCUUGGAGUCGACACUCAUUGAAUAAAAAGGAGACUUCUUCUGAGGCAGAGAAGGGAGUAACUGAUAUAACCGCAGUUCUAUUUCGCUUUCCCCACUCUCGCCACUCAUUUUAUUCCCGGCACGCGCCGCCUCCCAGCCACCGCUAUUGACGCUGUUGGACCCUUGAUACGAGUUGAUAAAACCUAGAACGAAGCAGAAGUUGCAAGCUUUUCUAUAUGAAUUUUGCUAAAUAUGUUUCUGAGCUGCUGCAAAAGAGAGUGGCAUAGUCGUGUUGUCUGCCUGGGGAGAAAAGAAUGGGUGGGGUGACGUCAUCGAUCGCUGCUAAGUUCGCCUUCUUUCCACCGACCCCGCCGUCGUACACGGUGGUGGUAGACGAGUUACGCGGUGGAGCGCAUAGCAUACCCGAGGUUCCAUGGCGGGAGGGUGCCGAUGUUCUGAGGCUGAGGACGCGCCGGGGAAACGAGAUUGUGGCGGUGCACAUCAGCCACCCCAAGGCCACUUCCACAGUGCUGUAUUCCCAUGGUAACGCCGCUGAUUUAGGUCAGAUGUACGAGCUCUCGUGGAGAAUACCCUCCGUCUCCGCGUGAAUCUGAUAGGAUAUGACUACUCAGGCUAUGGACAGUCUUCUGGAAAGGUUAGUUGCCUAAUCUAGCAGUCUUUUUCUGUACAGUUUUGCUGUUGUUUGAACUUUUGGAAUUGUUAAUUAGUGAAGUGCUUUAUCUGAAGGAGUCUGAAGGAGAUGUUGCGAUCAUAAGAUAUUGUAACUUUGUGACUCUCUAUUAUUGCUUUUUUCUGUUGGAUAUUUUCGCUUCUCCUUUAUUCAGUUUCUUCGUUUGCUUCACGAUAAUUGAUAUGAAGGGCGUUUUCCUGUAGCUGCACAGUGUUAUCCGUUCUUGUGGCUUACAGUGUCCGGGAUUGCUACUGUUAGGUCUAUUGAAUUAGUAAAUGACAUGUAUUUUCUGUAACUAACCAUAUAUUUGCAUUAGGAUGAUGAAUGAUAAUUUUUAUUUGAAAAAUUUUCGAUCUGGUUUGAUUAUUCCAGAGAAGAAGUCGAUUUUGGGAUAGAGGUUCUUGUUCAUAAUAACCCUGCAUUUCUACAAUAUAACAUUACUUGUCCAGUAAUUCCCUCAUCAACAGGCUAAGUUCAGAUUGUCAAAUGUUUCUAUUCAGCUUUGUUUAAUAAAACAUGUUUAUGGCGAUAAACACAUGUUGUUAUAGAUGAUAUAUGAGCAUUCUAUAUUUAUAUUUCCACCGGAUUUUUAUGUAGCUGCUUUAAUAAGUUGAAGUGUGGAGCUCAAGAAACACAACAACUAUCAAGAAUGUGUCAUAAUGCUGCACAACAUUGCUCUCAUGAGAUUUUCCCCUUCUUUUUGCUAUAUUUCAUAGAAUUUAUAGGUGUCCUCAGAACUAGAUCUUUUCCUACGGAGCAUCACAUUUAUUCUCUUGCAGAUCAUUCCUAGAGAUUGUUAAUCAAUCAACAAGUGACACUAGCAGCCCCUUGACUAGUAAGGGAAAAUGCUAGCACGACUGUAGCGCAUUUAAACGUUUUCGACUUGAUGAGCUGGCAUCUCCCUGGUGUGGCCCUUAUAGAUGUUUCUUGGAUUGUGAAAGGCUAGUGGAUGACGUUGUCACAUUCUUUACAGUCAAGCAUGAUUGUCAUGAUCUUCAAAUAAUAAUCCUUAUUUCACAGUGCACAAAAAACAUAAAUUAUUGGGAAAAACCUGGAUGUAGUCGGUAAAUGUGCAAUUAAACCUUCAAUAGUGAUCAUUGCUCUUCGUGUCUCUGUUUCUAGAUACAAAAAUGCUUGCAGAAGUAAAAAAUGAACACUAGCAUAAGUUUGCCUGUUUUUCAACUGGUUAACAAUGUCCAUUUACUUUAAGCAUUGCCACAUCUUGAUUUCAUUCUGGAGCACAACAAACUUAAAAUUUGUUUCAAUUUGUACUCAAAAUAAUUGUAUGAUAUUAAGGUAUUAGAUGCUUUCUUUUCUUGGGACUUUGUGAAAUUAUUCUUGUACCAAGUAUUUAAGUAGCUUGCAGCUUUGGUCUGAUGUAGUUCAUGACUUCCGCUAAUACCACCAAAAAUCUGUGGAACUAACUUUCCGUGUACAUGUACUAGUUUCUUUAAUUCAUAAAUUGUUUCUUCUAAAGAAAUGAUACGAACCUGAUUAGAGGAAAAUAGCUGUUAACUUCAGAUUUUUGCAUGGGCUGUAAUAAGCAAACAUGGGAAUUGCAUAAAAGCUUUCUUCACUCUUUGUUCUAUAUAAGUAUCCUAGAUGUUACAUAGCCAAAAAUUGUUUAUCCCAUGCUUCCCCGAUAUGCGCGUAAAUCAUUACUUCCUGUUAUCAUAUGACACAAGCCAUUCUUUUUCUUUGAAACAGCCAACUGAAUGUAAUACAUACGCAGACAUUGAUGCUGUGUAUAAAUGCCUCAUGGAGAAGUAUGGUGUUAAAGAUGAACAACUAAUACUAUAUGGGCAGUCUGUUGGUAGUGGUCCCACCAUCGAUCUUGCAUCACGAGUGCCGUACUUGAGAGGUGUUGUGUUACACAGCCCAAUUUUAUCUGGGUUGAGAGUUCUAUACCCUGUGAAAAGGACAUUUUGGUUUGAUAUUUACAAGAAUAUUGACAAAAUUGGUGAAGUGAACUGUCCGCUUCUAGUUAUUCACAAGGUUGCAGGAGCAGAUUACAUCAAGUUCCACUGACUGUAAGCUUAUGAAAAAUCUUAUAAUCUGAAGCAAGAACUGGAAAAGGAGCAAUUCUUGAAGAAUUAAAAGUGAAGAAAAGCAGAAAACGAUUAGGAAGAGGGCAGAAAGUUGUAGGCACCAAUAAAAGAGAAAGUUGUAGGCAAAAAAAGGGGACUGCAGAUGAAGUUGUCGAUUGCUCCCACGGUAAGCAGCUAUGGGAGCUGUGUAAAGUGAAAUACGAACCUCUAUGGAUAUGUGGAGGUGGACAUUGCAAUCUUGAACUCUACCCUGAGUUCAUUAAACACCUGAAGAAAUUUGUUCUGGCUCUUGGAAAAACAAGGCCAGGUGUCAAUGGUUCUGGACCAGCAUCACUAACUUCAAACGUUGAUAAUAAAUCUACCGAAAGCAGUUCCACGGAUGGGUUUGAGCUGCGGCCAGAUCUCCCUGAAAUUUCCAGAAACAGCUUGGAUAGCCGACUUGACAAGUCUAAGAAGUCGAGCAAGCCUGAAAAAUCUAGAAUGAGCACAGACCGCGUGGACAGAUUCAGGAGAAGAAAAGGUUUGAUCUGGUAAUAAUUUACUAAGGUAAUAUAGUUUAUGUACUUCUAUUCACCUGGUGAAGGAUAUGGACUUAUUUCAAUGUUUAUGUAUCAUGCCUGAAUGUGUGUGCCAAUUUUACUAGGAUAUUGUAAUCAUAUUUGAUCUUACUCUGAAAAUAAAAAGAACUGCAGUUGUUUUAAAUUGUAAAAAAAUUGUAUUGAUUAGAUGUGAGCAGCUU